AGCUCCUUGGGGCAAUAUGUGAAUACACGUUUUAGGACACAAAAAUCCUAGUAGGUAUUAAAACAGUCAAACAUUUUGAUAUCGCUAUCUUCAUAUUCAGUUCACAGGUAGAAAAGCGGAUCGUAGGAUGCUCUCUGGCCUGCAUGACCGAUGACCUUAGACGAAGGUAAGGUAGUGGCUGGAAGAGAAAGGCCGAUGGCAUGGUGUUGUGGGGCUCCUUGGGGGAGACCCGUAUCCAGCAGUGGCCGAUUACGGACUGAUGAUACAUAAUUAUAAAAACAUAAAACUCUCACGAUUUAUAAAUUUUUGCUAAAAAAAAAACAUAAAAACAAGAUUAAUAAUUAAAAAAAAGUACGCUACGGUGGCAUUGGGAUACGCAAAGCCUCUGACGUAGCACUGCCCGCAUUUUUGUCCUCCGUAUCCAGUACACGGGACCUCUUUGGAAGAAUUAUAACUCCUUAACCCGACAGCGGCGGCGAGCUGGCCAGCAUUUAUUUUCUAGUUUAGUGUUUAUUAUUUAAUUAUAGUUAUAAGUCUGUCAUUAUAGUUACACAUAUAAAAAAAAAAAAACAAUUCCACCUUCAAGAUUCACUGUUGACAAUGUUGAGAUUAGCUCUGGUCUGGAGUUCGAAACUAAAUCAUAUACGAGUAUCUAUCCCGGGAAUAUAUACUUUACAUUUCCAUCUGUACCAUAAAUAAUAUCUCGAUUCUCGACUACGGAUGGACCCGCUCGGCUCAAGCGAUCGAUUCCAUUGCUAAGUAGUCUCUCUGACGUUAAUCUUCUCGAAUCGUAAAAUUUAAAUUUCGAGCACACGGCGCUAUCUUCACGGGCACAACUCAAUGUGACACCUUAUUUUACAGCUACAGGGUGUUCCUGAAUUAUACAGAUUAUGGAACAGGAUAUUUAUGAUCAAUAUGAAAUGGUAUCUGAUGUAAACUACGAGUAUGAUUAGUAUAAUUAAUUCAUAGAGCUAUAAUACUACGAAGUAAUAAUACUUAGCUAAAUGUUACACACUGUACUUUGUCAAUAAUAUAAAAAUUUAAAUAUAAUUUAGCUAGAAAUGUUAUAAUUUAGCUCAGCUAUGGGUAUGUGUAAAGCCACCAUCUACUGUAGAGCAUAGUUUUUUUCGUGAAUUUCCAAAAGUUUCAGUGACUGCACACCAUUUUGUUUCAGACUCACCUUUUAAAAAGAUAAAUAAAUAUAAAUGUCUCUUCCCGGAUGGUAGGUACAUUAUCAUGAAGCAAAGCUUAAUAUUUUUUAACUAGUUGUGCUUUUAGUCGGCGGAACAUAAUUGUUUCAUUUUUAUAGCAGUCCGAAAAAGUAAACUUAGACUUAUGGCAGCGGUAUGCUGAUGUUAAAUAAAUAAACCCUUGAAUAUUUUUUCAUAAAUUCAUAUGAAAUUGAUUUGAAUAUAAUAAAAAGGAGCGCCCUAACGAAAGUGUUACGGUACAGGCUACACAAAGACGUAUCCCUUAUGUAAAUGUUUUCGCUCUCGCACUGAAAUAACUUUUUUAAAUUAUCUUUCAAUCUUCAUGAAUGCGUGCUGAAGCCAAUUCCUACGUGAGUUUUUUUUAAAUAGCCAUAUUUCAUUCAAUUUCGCCAAAAAGAUAACGUUCAAUGCGAAAUCGUGGCCCCGGGAGAAUCGGAAAAUAUGUUAAUUCUAUAUUCAGUCUUUAACAUUCCACCAUUACAAUUUAUUCCCGGGCGGGAAUCGACGAGUGGUUUUGACGAAUUGAUAUUUUUCACGAGUCCUUGCGAGAGGGCACCGGUUUAUGGCCGGGAGGCUGCAAUUUAUUGCCCACCAUUUAUCACUUGAUGUGCUCGCUUAUCAGUUAUACGUCGGCACAUCAGCGGAGAGGCGCACCCAAUCCCUUCACUUGAGCUCUAAUCAUAUAGAGCAGCAUUUUAUGUACUCACUUUACGACUUAUUGUAUCCCAUAUCGCAGUAAUAACAGAUUUGACAGCUUCCGAAGAAAACCUAACACAAACUAGAGUCAAGGAGAAUGACGGAACCAAAAGUAAAGUGAGUGCGCUCGUGCAGUGGUAUUAUAACAAAUUUUAGUUAGAAACAAUAGAUUUAAGAGAGAAGAAAACCUAAAAACAAAAAGUCAUGACGGGAUCAAAAACCCAAAAAAUGAGGCGUUGAAGUGAGUGCCAGUGCAGUGGUGUGUGAUGGUGGACGGUGUGACCGAAGCAUGACCACGUGGAUGGCGCUGUUCGGGCUAGUAUGGCUGCUGCGGGUGCGCGGCGCGCUGUGCGGUUGCGCGGCGUGCCGGCGCGCGCGCCUCGCGCAACCCGUCACGCGCUCGCCGAGCCCGCCGCGCGCGCCAUUCGACGUCAUCGCGCUGCAGAGCUAUACGCGUGAUGUCACCGUGCAGACUGAUUUUGAUGACGAGGUCGAUGACCUGGAUAAGAUAGAGAUGCAGAUCACUGAGGAUUGCGCCGGCGGUAACUGCGAGUCGGGACUGCCGCGGCCGCCGAGCCCCGGUCCCCCGCGCGGCGGAAACCUGCAGCCGUCAGAGUCAGAGGCGGAAUCCGCCUGGGAGACGGCGGAAGUGACGUUGGAGCGCGGAGCUGGGGGGUUGGGGCUCAGCAUAGCUGGCGGGGAGAGCGGUGGUGACGUCAGCGUCACGCGCUUAGCCGACAAUGGAGCAGCCAAGCGCGACGGGCGGCUGCAGAUCGGGGAUAUUUUGUUACAAGUCAACGACAUCUCGGUGGAGGGCGCGCCGCACUCCGUGGCGGUGGAGGCUCUGCAGAACGCCGGCAACGCUGUCAAAUUAAGAGUGCGUCGCGCUCGGCUUCCCCGCGUCGUGACCCUAUGGCGGGGGGCGCGGGGACUUGGCCUCGGCAUAGCGGGGGGCGCUGACGACGCGGCCGGCGGGGGCGGCGUCUUCGUCUCUCAUAUAGCGGCGGGGGGCGCGGCGCACCACGACGGAAGAUUGCGGCUAGGGGACCGGAUCUUAGCUGUUAGGGAUGAAGAUGGAAUAGAAACGUCACUAGUGGGCGCGACGCACGCUAAGGCGGUGGCCGCACUGCGCAGCGCGGGCGAGCGGGUGACUCUCGUGGUGCUGUCCGCGGCCGCCGUGCCUCCCGUCGCCAGGACCGCUCCUCUACACUCCACGCGAACUCAAGCUACAUCUUGUUCGACACUUCAUGAGCUGUUGGAGGAUGACACGACGGAGAUACCGAGAUGCGUGCGAAUGGUCCGCCUAGUCCGCUCCGGCUCCCGCCUCGGCAUGGACAUCGUAGGCGGCGCGGCGGGCCUCAGCGGGGGUGAGGGCGGCGCGUGCGGGGUGUUCGUGUCGGGGGUGGCGGCGGCGGGCGCGGCGCACGGCAUGCUCCACCGCGGGGACCGGAUACUGAGCGUGGACGGACGCGACUUGACUAGAGCCACGCACGAGCAGGCCGCCGCCGCGCUCAAGUACUCCGGCAACGCAGUGACAGUAGCAGCGCAAUACCAGCCGGAGCAGUACGAGCGGUUGCGCGCGCGCAUCCGAGCGAUCAACGCGUCGGCCAUGUCGCCUCACGCCCAGCGCUCGCUCACACCGCAUGCGGGCGAGCUCACGCCCACGCAUGUGCCGAUUACGCCACAGCAUGUGCCGAUCACGCCACAACAUGUGCCGCCGGCGCAUGUCGCCGUGCAUCCUGACUUGCAUGCUGUUUAUCCGAGGUGAGGUGAUGAAAUGAGCUAGUUAUAGAACUUUGA